AUGAUAACAAAAUUCUACCAGCAUAGCCUUGCCUUGGCUUUUGCUGUUGGUGAGAUCAACAGAAACCACCAAAUCUUGCCGAAUGUCACACUUGGGUUUCACAUCCAGGACACCUAUCACGAUGCUGCAAUGACUUAUUGGACUACUCUGGACCUGCUCUUCAGAUCGCCUAGCUUGAUCCCCAAUUACCAUUGCAACAAACAAAGAAAUUUGGUGGCCAUCAUUGGUGGGCUCAACUCUGCUACCACUGACUAUAUAGCUGACUUACUCGGUUUUUACAAGAUUCCACAGCUUCAUCCAUUUCUUCAAGGGAUCUCGUUCAACAACACAGCUGGAGAAACCAUAUCUUUUAAUGAGAAGAAGGGGAUCAGAGGUGGAUUCGACAUCAUGAAUUUGGUGAUAUUCCCCAACAAAUCCUUCCAGAGAAUUAAAGUUGGAAGAGUGGAUGGCCAUAGACCCAGAGGAAACGAAUUGAUCAUUCAAGACAAGAUGCUAGUCUGGCCUACAGGAUUUAAGCAGGUGCCUCCCCUUUCUUUGUGCAACGAAUAUUGUCCUCCAGGUAAUCAGAAGAAGAAGAAAGAAGGGCAAAAAUUCUGCUGCUAUGAUUGUGUCCCGUGCUCAGAAGGGAAGAUUUCAAAUAAGACAGAUAUGGAUGACUGUUUCCUAUGUGCAGAAGAUCACUUCCCAAGCCAGGAGAGAGAGAGAUGCAUCCCCAAGACCAUCGACUUCUUGACCUUUGAAGAUGCUCUAGGAAUGGGUUUUACCACUGUUUGUAUUUCUUUUGCUUUCCUCACAAUAUUUAUUCUCAGCACAUUUAUCAAGAACAGAGACACCCCCAUUGUCAAAGCCAACAACCGGAACCUCACCUACAUCCUCUUGGCUUCCAUCCUCCUCUGCUUCCUUUCUCCUUUGUUGUUCCUCGGCCAACCUGAGAAGGUGACCUGCCUCCUUCGACAAGCUGUCUUUGGUUUGACUUUCUCGGUGGCGGUUUCUUGUGUCUUGGCAAAAACCACCAUUGUUUCCUUAGCCUUCAUUGCUACAAAGCCUGGCUCUCAGAUGAAGAAAUGGGUGGGGAAUAAGCUGGCUUAUUCCAUUGUCCUUUCCUGUUCCCUUAAUCAAGGCUGCAUCUGUAUUUCCUGGCUGGUCAUGUCUCCCCCAUUCCCUGAUUUAGAUAUGCACUCCACAAGAGAGAAAAUCAUUGCUCAGUGUAAUGAAGGGUCUGCUGCCAUGUUUUAUGUGGUCUUGGGCUACAUGGGCCUCUUGGCUCUCCUGAGCUUCAUGGUAGCAUUUUUGGCCCGCAAAUUACCAGACAGUUUCAACGAAGCCAAGCUCAUUAGCUUCAGCAUGUUGGCCUUUUGUAGCGUGUGGAUCUCCUUUGUUCCCUCCUAUCUGAGCUCCAGAGGGAAAGACAUGGUGGCUGUGGAGAUCUUCUCCAUCUUGUCCUCUGCUGCUGCCUUGCUGGGUUGCAUUUUCUUCCCUAAAUGUUACAUAAUUUUGUGGAGGCCUGAGCUGAACAACAGGGAGCAAAUGAUACGGAGAAAGCAUUAA